GAAAAGACCGGAAACAAUGUCGGUCGCGUCAUCAGACUCUGACUUGGAGUUCCAGUCGUACUCGGAGCGCACGCUGGCGCUGAUCAAGCCAGAGGCUCUCGAGGAUGCUGAGGCUAUAGAGAACCACAUACGGAACAACGGCUUCAUCAUACUUGCUAAGCGACAAGUCCACUUGACUCCAGAGCAAGCGGCGGAGUUGUACAAGGGCCAUUACGGGCGCCACCAUUUCCCGCACUUGGUAGCGCACAUAUCCCGAGGCCCGGUCAUCGCGCUCGUGCUCGCAGCUCGCAACGCUAUACAGAAGUGGAGGACGCUUAUGGGGCCCGCCAGGGUGGAGGAGGCUCAAGCGUACUGGCCAGACAGCCUGCGCGCUUGCUACGGGCGCCGCAGCGCGUUCGGCGAGUACUUCAACGGUCUGCACGGCAGCGAGAACCACGCUGAGGCAGUUAGGGAGAUACACUUCUUCUUCCCAACUAUGGUAGUCGGGCCAAUCCUCCGCCGCUGGCAAGUGAAGGACUACAUCCAGAAGCACCUGACCGCGGUCCUGAGUGGCGGGCUGACGGCGCUGGCGCACGAGCGGCCGGCGGAGCCCGUGGCGUGGCUGGCCGAGUACCUGCUCGACAACAACCCCAACGAGCCCAGCGUGGCGCCGCAGCCGCAAGACAAGCGGGAGGACCAGCGAUGCGUCACGCCGAGGCCCAGUGUGCUGUCCAAUCACUAG